AUGUUUACUCGGGCCCUUGAUCGUCUUCCUCUUGGUCUUUAUCUCGUCCUCAUCCUCCUCCUCCACGUCACUCAUCUCCCCCAUUUGCUCCAUCGCAUUAAACGCUCGAUUGCUUUGUCUCUCUUCCACCCCGCACCAUCACGAGCACUAUACAGCCGAACAUUCUUCAUUCCUCAGAAGCGCAUUCUUAAGGCGAUCUCUACCAAAAGGCCAAGCAAUCCUCUAAAAGACUCGCGCUUGAGCCUGCACUCCCGACCCUGCAGCACAGCCUUGCGCCCAAGCAUGGCAUCAUCGCAUCAGUAUCGUACUUCGUACUUUGACACCAACGAGCAGAUCCGACGUCAACAGCGCACGCGCUCCAGUGAGGGUACCGUCAGCACCACUAUGAGCUCGUCGACGGGCCGCGAGUCGGCAGCGACUCACGUCACAGAAGCGCCCACCUUUUCCAAGAAGAUUGUUGUCGUCGGUGAUGGUGGUUGCGGCAAGACCUGCUUGCUCAUUAGCUACAGCCAAGGUUACUUCCCAGAGAAAUAUGUGCCUACUGUCUUUGAAAACUACAUCACCUAUCCUAUCCACUCAGCCACUGGUAAGACUGUGGAACUUGCAUUGUGGGAUACAGCCGGCCAAGAGGAAUAUGACCGUCUCCGACCGCUCUCAUACCCUGAGACCGACUUGAUCUUUGUAUGCUUUGCUAUCGACUGUCCGAACUCGCUAGACAACGUUCUUGAUAAGUGGUACCCCGAGGUUCUACACUUCUGCCCAUACACUCCUCUGGUUCUUGUGGGUCUCAAGUCAGAUCUUCGCUACAAGAAGACUUGCAUUGAUAUGCUCAAGACGCAAGGUCUCACUCCGGUCACUACGGAGCAAGGUAUGGCUGUUGCCAAGAAAAUGAACGCGCAGUACAUGGAGUGCAGUAGCAAGGAAAUGUCAGGCGUCGAUGAGAUUUUUGAGCAGGCUAUCAACACUGUCGUCGCCAAUGACCGGAAAACCAUCGAGGCGGCAGCAGCCUCGGGUUCUUCCAAGGAGAGCAAGUCAUCAACACCUGGUGUGGGACAUAUUAAGAGGAAGAAGAGAAGGUGUCCAAUCCUCUAA